AGAAAACCGAGGCAUCACUGAGGGAAAAGUUCCACGACAGGAACCCUGCAGGCCUGCACCGGGCAGUGGGCACUGCCUCGGGUCCAACUGCUUACGGAUCUUAUUAAUGUUACCCUGCAGCCCGGCUCCUUUUGCCUCGCCUGCGUCUGUCAAUGCUGCCAAGCUGAGUGCCUUCAGUUGCUCUGGUUCUUGUUCCUCCAGAACCAAAACACCAACCAUGAAGGCUACACUGCUUGCGACUGCCCUUCUGGCCGUCGCCGGCCGGACGGCUGCCAGCGUGCUACCUCGAGAUGCCGCCGAUGACGGCCUCACGGAGCCCCAGGACUUGGCUGAUCUCCUCGCCCAGGCGAGGUCCCAGGUCAUUGGCGCCGUCGAGGAGAACGAGCAGCAGAUGCGCAAGCGCGGCGAGACACCGCGGUGCACCACCCGCAACCUCGUCUUCCGCCGCGAGUACGGCUCGCUGUCCAAGAAGGAGCGGCUCGCCUACAUCAACGCCGUCAAGUGCCUGCAGAGCAAGCCUCCGCGCACACCAGCGAGCGUGGCGCCCGGGGCCAAGUCGCGCUUCGACGACUUUGUCGUGACGCACAUCCAGCAGACGCUACAGAUCCACUACUCGGGCGUCUUCCAGCCGUGGCACCGCUGGUUCGUCUACCAGUACGAAAAAGCCCUGCGCGACGAGUGCGGCUACACCGGCUACCAGCCCUACUGGGACUGGCCGCGCUACGCCCGCGCGCCGCAGGACUCGCCCCUGUUUAACGGCGACCCCUACAGCCUGGGCGGCAACGGCGAGUACGUCCCCCACGACGGCCCCGUCAUCGUACCCCCCGAGGGCGUCGGCGGCGGGCCCAUCCAGCUGCCCGCCGGCGUCGGGGGCGGCUUUGUGCGGACGGGCCCCUUCGCUAACAUGACGGUCAACCUGGGCCCCGUCGGCGGGCUGCGCGACACGGCUCCCGGUCCGCUGGGCGGGCUGGGCUACAACCCGCGCGGGCUGAAGCGCGAUCUCGGCCCGGCCAUGAACACCCGCUAUGCUAACUACACGACGGUGCUGCGGCUGUUGACACAGCCGAAUGUGGACGCGUUCCGGCUCGUGUCUGAGGGCGUGCCGUACACGGUCGAGAUCGGUCCCCACGGCGGCAUCCACUACACCAUCAGCGGCGAUCCGGGCGGUGACCUCUUUACUUCACCGGCUGACCCAGCGUUUUGGGUACACCACGGCCAGAUGGACCGCAUGUGGGCCGUCUGGCAGGCGCUCGGGGAGCUGGCGCCCGGCGCCAACAACCCGCGCCUUACGGACCUUGGUUCGGGCGAGUAUGCCCACAACACGUGGCAGAACCAGCCCCCGUCGCCGUUGACACAGCUGUCGGAUGUGAUUGACAUGGGCUAUGCCGCGCCGUCGACAACGAUUGGUAAUGUCAUGUCUACCACGGGCGGAGAGCUGUGCUAUUUCUAUCUGUGAUUGUUGCAGGGAGGGACUGUGGGGGGUUGAAUGUAGCGAGUGUCGGCAUGUAAGUAGCUUAUAUAGAUCUAAUCUUUGUCUUUCCAG